UAUACUUUUGUAUAUAUAUAUAUAUGCGCGGCCGAAAGUUAAAAAAGUGUAAUACGUUUACCGCAACUUUUGGGCCCUGAUUGAGCCGGGCAGAGAUUGAUAACCAUUCAGAGGAUUACUCCAAAGACGAGAAGGACAGGCUAGCUGUAAUGCGAGGCGGUGGUGGAGGAGGCAAGGCACCCGCGAGGCCGCUCUAUAGGCCGGGAAGCGGGCCACUCCGGAAAUCUGACAGGGUUGAUGAGUACGACAACGAAAACAACUCGCAGGACCGGUACAAGGGGUCGUCCGUGCAGGAUCGCCUGAAGCAGACACAAUUUAUGCCACCAAGCGGCAGUGGCAUUGGCAGCAGUCAGUCCCAUCAGAACAGCUCCAGGUCUCAGGAGAUCAACAGCAUUAGUGAAAAAUUAAAGGAAGUUCAACUUAGUUACGCGAAUCACAAUGACAAUCACAGUCAGAGUGGCUCUAAGAACAAUCAUGCCGGGAUCCAUGAUCCUAAGAGAAAGAGCAAGAAGCCUGAAAAGGAAGUAUAUGUACCAAAAAAAGUCAAGGAAGCUAUGGCAGAGCAGGAUACAUCAAACAGAUCUUCACAGCAAAAUAGUUGGGAUAAGGAUAGGGAUAGAGAUAAAUCAAAUAGUAGAGAUUGGGACACUCAAUCAAAUCGUAGUAACCAGCGAAAUGAUAGUUAUCUAAGUAGAAAUGUUCCUAAUAAUUAUGGUGGAAGUCAUAAUGAUAAUGGUGGUCGUGGUAGAGAUGAUCAUUCAAAGCGUUACUUGUCAAAUAGGAGAAAUCGUAAUACUCUAGAAAGUGACGAUCGGAGGAGAGCAGAAUCACCUGCAUCUAACAGAAAUUUUGGUAACCGUAGUAGGGAUCGUUCUCACGAAAUGAGACAGUGUUCAGAGCCGCUUUAUAUACCGAGGAAUUCGAAUGAUUCUAAUCGAUCUCGAGACUUGCGCAGCUUAGAAUCUUUUGCAUAUUCCGACAAAUUUCAAGGUAAACCCCCUUCUGGAAAACGGGGUGGCAAAGAUAAUUAUAAUUCUGUACAGAAAUUCGAGAACUUACCACCUCGUCUUCGCAAUAAAUACCUGCAAGAAAGGGGGAUAAUUCCACCACAAAAUAUUCACCCAGAAGAAUCUUGGGAUGGUAAUUCUGUAACAAUAAAAAGCUCAGCUCCAUCCUAUCCACCAAUUCAACAUUCACAAACCAUGCAAAGUCUACCGCCGCCUGGUCCUCCGCCACCUCAAUCAAAUUGGUCUAAUACUAUACCAGCCAGAAGUAGGGGGCGAGGCAGAGGCAGAUUAGUAACGGAAGAGUCUGAAAUACCCCCAAAUUUUAGACCCCUUACUCCGGAUCAGUUUUCUGUACCGAGUUCAAGAUCUCAAACACCUAACCGAGAGUACAAUAGGACAUACGACCGACGUGGCAGCAAUAGCACAAUGCAUACAAGUAUGGAAAGUUUAAACCGUGUUGACAGUGUACUGAUGCCUCCACCUGCUACUUCACCGGGAUCAUAUCGUCCUACUGUCAACAGAUGUCAAUCACCUGUUGAUAGCCAUAAGCGAGAAUCGAUGUCUUUGUGUAGUUCACAACGUCCUUCUCAUCAAAUGUACAAGGCUAAUGAUAAUUUAAAUAAUUUUUAUGCUGCGCAAGAUAAAGUGAAACCUUCACAACCUACGAGUAGUCCACCAAAAAGUGAAUCUUGUAGUCCCGUGCCUAACAAUAAGUCUGAAGUUUUGGAUUGGUAUGAAGAAGUAGAGUUGAGUGAAAGGCUAGAAGCGGAGCAAAUGAGUCGUAGUUCUUCAGUAAUGAGUUUACGUGACAAUGUGAAUGCGCCCACGAAUCCUUCAUCAACCAAAAAAAGAAGUUCGAAAAAGAAAAAAAAUAAGCGAGGAGGUCGAGACAAGAGUAAAGAUAAAAUAGAAGAGAUAAGCAAAGAACGACAAAUUAAUCAUCAAAAUCGAGAAAAUGAUAAUUUCAAUAACAAUCAGAGAAACAGUUUGAAUAGUGUCAAUAAAAGGUUUGAGGGUAGACGACGUGGUCAUCGUAGUCGAGAAACCAGUAAAGACAGAAACUUCCGCGGUCGUGGCCAAGACGAUUUCUUUAAAAACAGGUUAUCUCAAAAUGUAGACGGCAUUGAAAAUUGGAGGAGUGGUCGAACGUCAAUUUGCGAGUCGGACGAUGGCCGACGUACCCCAUUGUCACAUUCCACAUCAGCAACAAAUUCCGGUCCUAGUUCGCUUCAUCGACUAUCGCCUACUACUCACACAAAUGCUCAACCGCCAGGUGUUCUUGUUUUGCCUGACCCAAUUCAAUCGUCGUCCAAUGUACCUUCAAGAUCGCAGCAUAUAACGCAACAACAGAAAAAAACGCUUUUCGAUCCCAAUAAUCCCAACAAACCUAUUGUAGUGACUUCGACAGGAAAUAGAGUUGGUCCUCAGUACAGAGAUAAUGAUUUUCCCGUCCAAGGAUACCAACCACCAUAUGGAAUACAACAAAUCACAUAUACUGGUUAUCAGAGUGCCCUAGAUAGUACUUCCCUAUUGAAAAUGUCAGAUCAGUUUGGUGGUGUAAGACCAGCGUGGUAUGAUCCAUACACUGAUAGUUUUCGGUCAGCUAAAAAUCCUCACUUAUUAUUGGAUAUUAGGCGUGCUGAUUUAGAACUACAGUGUAUUAUUAGUACUAGCAAUGUAGUUACUAGUUGGGAUAAGAUUAUACAUAUUAGGAAUUUUUACCAAAAGAGUUUGCAAGACCUUCUUAUCACUGAUCUUAAAUUCUGUGCUGCUGAAAAUGUAGAACAGCAUAUAUGGAAAAUUAUAUUUUACAAUAUCAUAGAAAUAUUGAGAAAACCAGUUUCAAAUGAAAGUGCUGAGCUUCUAGAGCAAUACAAGAAACUCUUAUUGAGAAUAGUCGAUGAAGGAACGGCGUAUUUCACAAAUUUACUCACCGUUUUGGAGGGCACAUACAAUUUCAAACUUGAUGCGUUUUUAACGUCGUCCAUACCGCCAAAGGGUCUUGGUGUGUUAGGCUUGGCAUUGAACAGUGCUCAAAGAAUAUUAUUAAUUUUGGGUGACUUGGCAAGAUACAAAGAUCUAGCAAAUGAGUCGUCCAAUUAUGGCAAGUCGAGACAAUGGUAUCUGAAAGCACAACAAAUCAACCCCAAAAACGGGAGACCUUACAAUCAAUUAGCCUUACUAGCGUUUUAUGCCAGAAGAAAAUUAGACGCCGUUUACUAUUACAUGCGGUCUCUCAUGGCUUCUAGCCCCGUCCAUUCUGCUCGUGAAAGUUUGAUUGCCAUGUUCGAUGAGAACCGAAAAAAGUACGAAUCAAUGGAACGCAAGCGUAAGGAAGAACGAGAGUUGAAGGAAAGGGCUCGGAUGAUGGAAAAAGAAGGAGCCAAUCUUGCAGGUGGUGGCCUCAGGAGGGAGAUUUGGAUCCAUCCUGGUGGAAAGAGAAUGAGGCGCACUACGUCAGCCACGACAGCGACCGAUUCGAGAUUGGAUAGUGACAUAGAGGAUCUUGCGCGGCUGACAAGCGUGGAGCUAAAUAAGCGAUUCGUUACCUCGUAUUUGCACGUACAUGGAAAGUUGAUAACGAGAAUAGGGAUGGAGACGUUCCAAGAAGCGGCCAUUCAGAUGCUGCGAGAGUUCCGCACCCUGUUGUACCAUUCGCCUCUUCCUCUGCCAGGCUCGCGGCUCCUGCAGCUGUUGGCCCUGAAUAUGUUCGCGAUCGAGUCGACACAGCUGAAAGAUUCGCAGAUGGAGCAAGGGUACAGGUCAGAGGUCCAGGAGCGGGCCCUCGUCGUCUCGUUGCAGAUGUUCAGCCUGAUACUUGAGCGCGGCGUCAGCCUACUCAAAUCCCAGCUCGAGUUCGACGAGCGCCCCAGGCUCGUCGUCGUCGAGGACAUGCAAAUACUCCUGCCCGCUAUAAAGAUUUGGUGCGACUGGAUGCUCUGCCACAGCACAGUUUGGAACCCACCACCAUCAUGUACGGACUACAGAGUUGGCCCCGCAGGAGACGCUUGGAGCCGACUGGCCACGAUGGUCAAUCUACUGGAAAAACUGAACUACUCGCGGGACCUGCUGAUACAAGCCAAGGAUGCCGAGGGACGGGAAGACGAAUUGAAACUGGUAAAACUGCCGGAGGACACGUCGCUGUCUGGAUUCACGCCGCUCAUGUCGAAUCCGCAGGAUCCGUUCUACGCCGACAAGAAAGAAGACAUGGAAGUGGUACAGGUCUGCCUGAGGAUACACAAAAUCCUGUUCUUCGGCCAGGUGUUCCUCUGCGGCCUGGAGACGCCCGUCCUGAAGUUGCAGAAGAGCGAGGCUGGAGUCAACGAGUACGUCUCCGUGGUCGAGGCCUCGAGCACCAGCACGCCCGGCUCGCCACCCGAACAGAGCGACUCGGAGCUAAUGGUCGAGAGCUACAGCGAAGACGAGGAUGGGUCCUCGGUAGCCUCGCCUAGGCUGUCGAUCGGCGACACCAGCUACGACAGCGGCGUCAUGUCGUCGACGUCGACGUCCGCGUCGGUGCCGGUCGGCGAAAUCAGAUCGCUCAUCGAGCGCAAGGAGGAGCUGGAAAAACGACAGCGCAGACAGGACAGGCACCGCCAGCGGGUACAGGCAAUUUUACAAAAGUCAUCAUUGUCAGUGGAAAUUGAAGUGAGGCCAAAACAUUUAGUUCCCGACACAAAUUGUUUCAUCGACUACCUGUCGCAGUUGCAAAGCAUAACUAAGGCCUCGUGCGGAGCUCAGCCAAUGUACACACUAAUGGUUCCUCUUGUUGUUCUGAACGAGCUGGAGGGUCUGUCGCGGGGUGCAAAUCUACUAGACUGUGGGCCAACGUCGAGGGCCGCACUGAAUCCAGAACACGUGGCGCGCGUAGCGGAGAACGCCAAGGCCGGGCUGAGCUUCGCCAGGAGCCGAAACCCUGCCAUAAAGUGCCUAACGACCCGUGGAACGGUUCUCACCUCGAGCUCGUUCACCGAUGAAGAGGACGUCUGCCAGGAUGGUUUGACAAGAAACGACGAUCGGAUUCUUGCUACGUGCCUAAGCCUAUGCAGGUCUUACAAAGAUCAAGUUAAUUCAGACGAAGGUCAGCCGAGACGAGUCAAGCGAGAUGUGGUGCUGCUGACGGAGGACCGCAACUUGAGGGUUAAGGCCCUGGCCAGGGAUGUGCCGGUGCGCGAGGUACCCGACUUCAUUCAGUGGGCAGGCCUUGGCUGAGUCGAGCCGUUCUUGCCCUGGAGGGCAGCCACUACCGUACUAGAGUCUACGCAUGUCAAUGUCGCUCCUCGCACGCAGCCGAAAUUCAACAACGAUCGUAGCAACAGGAAAAGCGGCUACUUCCACCACUAUUUUCACAAUUACCACUAUCGUCGCUACAAUAGCAACACCAAUAGUAACAAUAACAAUAACAAUCACAGGUGGUCUCACCGAUACGCACUACGCGGUGAAAUCGGAUCUCGUAGAUAAAACUGGCGUAGGGGGAGUCCCACUCCCUCCGUGAGG